GGGAUGCUGCGGGGCGUUUUAUCCGAACUGAAGCUGCUCUGCUUCCCGGGGCCCAGGGUCCAUCCCUCAGUCCCAUCCACAUCCCGCAGCGUAAAACUAUCGGCACAGAGAUUCUCUUUCAAUCCCAUAGCAUAAAACGAUCGGUCGAUGGGGCCCAGGGACCAUCCAACAAUCCCAUCCGCAUCCCGUAGCGUAAAACUAUUGGUCGAUGGGACCUCAGGGACCUCCAUCAAUCGCAUUCGCAUCUCUCUGCUGCAACCCGGUCAGUCCAAUCCAAAGAUCUUAUAGUGGUCCAAUCUACUCACGAUUGAAAUGCUCCCUCCCCGGCGACAUCCUGAACCUCCUCUGGUGCAGAUAUCCAGUGCAAUCAUAUCCUUCCUAUGGUGUGACGACCAGCACUGACAAUGGCAGUGUCCACAACUCAGUUUAUAGGUUUUUGUUUAUUAUGUCAUGUGUAAUGAGACACAGUGAAAAGCAUGCAUACUAUCCAGUCAAUUCAUGCUAUAUGUCAGCCCAAUCAAGCCUUACGCUUAUGCAACAGGGAAGAAUAAUAUAGCGUUAUAAUCUUACAGGGAACGUGUAGAUUUAAAAAAGUGUAAAUUCUGCAAUGAGAUAGAUUGGGAGACUUGUACCACACCCUUAGAUUAUGAGAAGGUCCCAUCGUUAGUCUGAUAACAGCAGGAGCUGAUCCUGAAUCUAUGUGAGGUAGUGGAAAAAUGGCGUGCAAACGGAUUACUCAAGAGACCUUUGAUAAUGUUGUGCGAGAGAACAUAAUCGAGUUUGAGAUGGAGCCAGAGGAGGCUUUGAAAGAAGCAAUAGAACAGUUUGAAUCACAAGGUGUCAAUCUUUUCAAUGUGGUGAAAACUGUGCAGAAUGUCACAGCCGAAGGCAGCGACCCGAAGCACCAUGUCCUACAGGCUCUCGAUGCACUUCAGAAAGCCCUGGAUAUCUUGGCUCUUGACGAAAUGGGGGAUCACUUGAGUAAAUUCACCAAACAGUGCCGUCUUGAUUUUGCUCACCGCCACCUGGCGGCUGAAAAUUCCGCCUACGCCACGGUCCUGUCCUCCUGCAGAGCAUUGAUGGCCGAUGGGCUUGGCCUGGUGAAGGGAGUCCAAGCCCUGGCGGCACUGCUAGACGGCCAACCGGACCUCAUUGACUCGGAGGGCAAGCACCUGCUCCUCGAGAUCCUGAAGCAGUACCGAGAACACGUGGAGCUAAACGCCAUCACCAUCCGCGCCAUCCGCUACAGCUGCCUGAAGCACGAGCAGAACCGGCAAGACCUGGUGCAGUUCGGGGCACUGCCACUGCUGACGGCUGCCAUUGUGAAUCACGGCACCAGCCCCGAAGUGGUCAGAGAGGCGGCUUCCGCCCUGAAGGUCAUGACCUACGAUGACGACAUCCGGGUGCCCUUUGGCCGCGCCCACGAUCACGCAAGGUUGAUCGUGAUGGAGAACAAUGGACUUCGGAUCAUCAUCGAAGCUGCAAAAGUUUUUGCAGAAAAUCCUAGCGUCCUCAGUGAGCUGUGCUCCACGGUGUCACGACUUGCAGUCAGGAACGAGUUCUGCCAGGACAUUGUGGAUCUGGGAGGUCUGAAUUUCAUGGUGACUCUACUGGCCGAUUCCAUCGAUCAUAGGGAGCUGGUGAAGCAGGUGUUGGGUGCAUUCCGAGCUAUUGCAGGGAAUGACGAGGUUAAAGAUGUGAUCGUCAACGCUGGUGGAACGGACCUGAUUGUGUUAGCAAUGAAACGUCACAUGGGAAGCCCACAGAUCUGUGAGAUGAGUUGUGCGGCCUUGGGAAUGUUUGCAUUGCGGAAGCCGGAAAACUGUCGGGUGAUCAUGGAAGACGGGGGUGCUAUGAUGGCACUGCAGGCAAUGAAGACCCAUCCGGCGGAGCUGAACGUACAGAAGCAGGCCUGCAUGCUGCUCCGUAACCUGGUGGCACGGAACCCUGACUUCACGCCGCUGAUCCUUGAGAUGGGAGCAGAGGUACUGAUACAACAGGCAAGGGCCACGCAUGAGGACUGUGGAGACCUGGCCAAAGCUGCCUUGAGAGACCUCGGCUGCAAAGUGGUGCUUCAGGAGCUCUGGACAGGGCAGAAAGGUGGGAUCUCCCGUUAACGUGCUCCAGAGAACACAUUUGAACAAGCCAAGACACUAUCUCGAGCUCAGAUGAACAUUGCUCGUUUUUCCAACGUUUAACUUUUUGCUAACCAUGUGGAGAUCUCUGAGGUGAUUGCUUUGUGGCAGUGAGUUAACAUUAACCAGAUACCACCUCCUCCCUGGACUCCAAGUAAAAGGUGUUAGAAAGAUACUUGGAGACAGAACAAAGACUUUCCACCAAAAUUAGCAUGUUUGGAAGUUCACUCGGCUUCACAGGGAAUCCAUUAAUGGAAAUUAUUUUGUUUCACGGUGGUUUCAGCGGCAGAAUGCAAAGUGUUUCAAGGUGAAGUGUUUCAGGAUAUUGUCUUCUACCUGUGGAUAUUAAAGCCUUUAACACCA